AUCAGAAAUCGUUUGAUUCUCGGGAGAGGAAGACCCUUCCACAUUUGGUCUUAACUCGGAGUGUGAGGGUGUGGUUCUCGUAGGCCAUUACUUUGGGUGAAUGUUGCAGGCUGUGUAGUGCAGGCAUGCACAGCUGAGUCUUAAUCCCCAUCGUUGGCAGGCUGGAUCCAGGCAGCACAGGCCAGGUAAAGCCACCACAUCUGCCCUCAUCUCACCAGGCACGACUGUUCCAAAGAACUGGACGAGCUGGGCUCGUACUUCAUCCUUGAACUCAGAGUUCGUGACUUGUGAUUCAUCGUAGCAAUCUUGUGGCUCUCAGCCCUCAUCAUUUCAUCCGCGAAUCCGGACUGGCUUUUCGUCGAGAGUUCGCUCGCUUUACUUCGCGUCGUCGAAGCCACCGCAGCUCGCUCUUAGACGACUAUAUUCAUCGGACCAACGAUAGUCAUUGACGAUGUCGAAGGGGUCCUUAUUCUGAACUAUAUAAAUUAUAACCAGAUUAGAUAUACUACGGUCCAGUUUGUUGUAGGUCCAAGGUUGUAGAAGACAGUGGUGCAUGUGGAGGUCAGGGCAAGGAGGCUUUACUGCGUGUACGCCUGUACGUGCCAGUGCUGUGUGCAUCGAGACUUCAUUGCGCUGCGUAAACUGUCUGCAUAUGGUAAGUUUGUAACUAAACCUGUGGAGUGGCCUACAGUAUGGAGAGAGACAAGUUCAUUGCACAAGGAGAGAAGUUUGGUUUAGAGGGUGAUAAAUUGAGAGCAUAUGUUGAUGAAUGUGUGCGAGAAGCUAGAGAUGAAAGAGCAGCAGCAAGGAGUGCUGAGGUUGCAGCUAGGAAUGCCGAGAUUGAAGCUAGGAAUGCCGAGAUUGAAGCUAGGAAGGCAGAAUCUUAUAUAAUAGCUCAACAGGAUGAAGCUAGGAAAAAAGAAUCAGAGUUAUUAGAUAAACAGAUUAAACUUGAAGAGUUAAGGAAAAAUAAUGGGACAGAAAAUGUUUCACGUGCAGGGCAUUCACAUAAGCCUAGUAUUCCGCCCCUCCCUGUUUUUCAAGAAGGAAAGGAUGACUUAGAUAGUUAUUUGUCUAGAUUUGAGAAACACGCCAUAAUUGUGGGUUGGGAUAGGUCAGUAUGGGCACCUGCAUUGUGUGCAUUGAUGUCAGGUAAGGCUCUUGAUAUAAUUUCAAGACUUACAGUUUCCCAGGCUCAGGAGUAUGAAACAGUAAAAUCCUCACUUCUUAAAGGGUAUGAUCUUACAGAAGAAGGGUAUAGGACUAAGUUCAGGUACGCUAAACUCAAUAAUGGUGAGACCUAUGUGCAGUACGCUUGCAGGAUUGAGAAGUAUCUCAAUCAUUGGAUUGAGCUAAGCUCUUAUGAUGACAAUAUGGAAGGUCUGAAGAGUUUGCUCAUCCAGGAGCAAGUAUAUAAUUCAUGUGGAAAAGAAUUAUUGAUGUUCAUUAAGGAACGUCACCCCUGUAAUCUGUCGGAAGUUCUAAAUCUAGCUGAUCAAUUCAAUGAAGCCCAUGCAGAUAUGAGAAUAAGGAGAAUGAAUAAAGCCCAUCAUCAGUCCAGUUCUAAAAAUGUAAAUCCUAAUGUGAAUAAGAGUAAUAACAAUGCAAUUAGUCACACUAAGGCUGAAAAACCAGGUAAGUCCAAAUUUGAUGACAAGAAGUGUUUCAAUUGUAAUAAAUUUGGACAUAUCUCUUUUAAUUGUCCAAACAAGAAAGGUCGUCGAGAGAUGGGAGCCAGUGUUGUCGCAGGCAGGUCAGCAGAAGACACAUCAGCUGGAGAUGAUGCUGCAGCAGGACCUACCGACACUAGAGAGAUGGCCGGACACUUCAACCACAAGAGUUUGAGUCUAAUCGUGCAGGAGAAUCUCACAGAAGAUGGAAGCGGAGUGAAGUUGGCAUCUGGUGACACUCUACCGGUACUAUCGGCAGUGGCGAGUGGAUCAGAAGUGGAGAUGCCAGUCGUCGAUGGAUUGGUGAAUGGGAAGCCCGUGGAUGUUCUUCGCGACAGUGGUUGCACAACAGUCAUCGUCCGAUAUGAGUUGGUGCGUGAAGAGCAGUUCUUUGGAGAUAGGCUGACGUGUUUGCACGUCGACCGGACGCUGAGAAACUUCCGACGUGCCAAAAUAGACAUAGAUACUCCAUACUUCAAGGGUAAGGUAGAAGCUCUAUGUGUACCAACCCCUGUUUAUGAUCUUGUAUUAGGUAAUAUUCCUGGAGCGAGGCAACCAGCUGAUCCAGACAGAGACUGGAUGCCAGGAGAUCAUCAAGGCAGUGCAGUGGAGACAAGAGGGCAGAAGCGGCAGGCGGGACGGACAAGGCCUCCUCUUCCUGUACCCAAGCCACUAGAAGACAUUGUGUCAGUGGAUAAUCUCAUCCAGGCCCAAAAGACAGCUCGUUGGAUGCCUCUAGGAAAGCCGCUGAGAAAGGAGAAAAGAAGAUAA